UUACGAGGGGAUGUCAGACAGAGCUGCCUUGGGCCGAGCCAAGGAAAAAGCCAUCUCCCCUCGGUGCAGGCCCUCGGGAGAGCCCAUGGAACCCCCGAAGCUGCUGAGCAUGGGAUUUCUGCUGUGCUCUCUGACUUGCCUCUUGUUGGAAACUGUCGCUUUGUCUCUGUCACCUUUAUCUGCCUUCGGAAUACAAGACCAGGAUGGAUUGGAACCACGCUCGAGGGAAACUUCCAGGUCCUGGCUGAGCAACUUCAGUGAUUACCUGUGGGAUCUCAUCAGGAGCUCCAUCCCUACAGCUGUCAUUUUUGCUUUUCUGAUCAUUUCAGCAAUCAUGGGGAUCCUCUGCUGCCUCACGUAA